GGGUUAAUGUCUAGCUGUUCUGCUAUAGCCAAGGUUGAAGCUUUAUUCCGAACAGAGCACCGAUCUGCUCCCCUCCCUCCCCCGGCAGACAGGCAGCUGUUGAGGUGAGGCAGGAUCAUGGAGGCAGGCAGCGGCAGUGCUGCAGCACCGCACAACGCAGCUCCCACACCUCCAGGAGACAUGGCAGUUCCUGAUCCCUUCCACGGCCCCCACUCGUCAGAACAGAAGAAGGAUGAGUAUGAGAGGAGGCCGAGGACAGCAGAGAGAGCGGGCUGGGAGGACGCCAUCGCCGUUAUGGCGAGGAGUGCGACCGUGCCCCCAGAGCUGUCUGCUGACUCGUCUCUCCGCUCGUGCACCAGCACAGCCAGCAUGAAGGUCAAGAACGUGAAAAAGCUUCCUCUCAGCAAAGGCCAUUUCCCUCGCCUGGCAGAGUGCGCCCACUUCCACUACGAGAACGUCGACUUUGGCUCUGUUCAGCUAACUCUGACCUGUGAUGAGAACGAUCUAACACGCAGCAGCCUCAACUCCAGGGAACUGGUGUAUCUUAUCCAGAUCUGUUGCCAGGGCAAGAAAUGGAUUGUGAAGCGGUCAUAUGAAGACUUUCGUGUGCUCGACAAACACCUCCAUCUCUGUAUAUAUGACAGAAGAUUUUCUCGGCUCACGGAGCUUCCUCGAUUUGAAAACCUGAAAAUCAAGUCAGAGCCAGUUUCCCAGAUGCUUACUGCCUACCUUUCCCGCCUUUCAACCAUCGCUGACAACAAGAUAAACUGUGGGCCUGCCCUGACAUGGAUGGAGAUUGAUAAUAAAGGAAACCGCCUACUGGUUCAUGAUGAGUCCUCCAUUAAUGUUCCAGCUGUUGCUGCUGCUCAUGUCAUUAAGCGCUAUAUAGCCCAGGCUGCUGACGAACUCUCUUUUGAGGUAGGGGACAUUGUUUCCGUCAUAGACAUGCCUCCAAAGGAAGACACUGGAUGGUGGAGAGGAAAGCAUGGCUUUAAGGUGGGAUUUUUCCCUUGUGAGUGUGUGGAACUGAUCAGUGAGAAGGUUCCCCCAAAUGUGACCGGCUCACUGCCAAAACCAGUGUCUAAUAAACACGGGAAACUGAUCACAUUCCUGCGUACUUUCAUGAAGUCGAGGCCUACUAAGCAGAAGCUGAAGCAGAGAGGUAUUCUAAAAGAGAGGGUGUUUGGAUGUGACCUGGGAGAACACCUACUCAAUUCCUGUCAUGAUGUCCCCCAAGUCAUCAAGAGCUGCACUGAAUUUAUUGAAAAGCAUGGCGUUGUUGAUGGCAUUUACCGCUUGUCUGGGAUUUCCUCUAACAUCCAGAAACUGCGGCAUGAGUUUGACUCAGAACACAUUCCAGACCUCACUAAGGAUACGUAUAUCCAGGACAUCCAUUCUGUAGGGUCCCUGUGCAAGCUCUAUUUAAGGGAGCUUCCAAACCCCCUGCUCACAUACCAGCUUUAUGACAAAUUCUCAGAAGCUGUAUCAGGAGCUACAGAUGAUGAAAGACUGGUUAAAAUCCAUGACGUCAUUCAGCAAUUGCCUCCUCCACACUACAGAACUCUUGAAUUCCUUAUGAGGCACUUGGCUCGUAUGGCGACCUUUAGUUACAUCACAAACAUGCACUGCAAGAACUUGGCAAUUGUCUGGGCUCCCAAUCUCCUCAGGUGGUCAAAACAAAUAGAGUCUGCCUGCUUCAGUGGCACUUCUGCUUUUAUGGAGGUACGAAUUCAGUCAGUGGUAGUGGAGUUCAUCCUCAAUCACGUUGAUGUCCUCUUCAGCCCCAAACUCAGCACUCUGAUUCGUGAAAGCUCAGGCCAUAGCACUUUGUCCCGGCCCAAGUCUCUGCUCGUUUGCUCGCCAUCCACGAAGCUGCUGUCUUUAGAAGAGGCACAAGCCCGUACUCAAGCCCAGCUCGCCUCCCCUGUCUCCCCCGAGAGCAAGUACAUCGAGGUGGGAGAGGGUCCUGCCGCCCUGCAGGGGAAGUUUCACACAGUCAUCGAGUUUCCCAUGGAAAGAAAGAAGGCCCAGACAAAGGUGAAAAAAUCUCCUGUGGCAAGCUGGCGUUCAUUCUUCAAUAUGACAAAAUCCUCAACCACAGCCAAGCGCAAGCUGCUCCGUCAUCCCAGUGAGCCCAAUAACAUGAAGACCUCAAAUGCACUCCCGGGUGGUAGAGGAGAUAGUGGAACACUACGAUCAUCUAAAAGUGAAGAAUCUUUGUCAUCAAAUAAUCUUGAGGGUGGAUCAGCAAUGUAUCAAGCACGCAGGCCUCGCUCUACUAGCGUCGCCAUGUCCACUUCCUUCAACGAAGAGCUGCUUAACAAGCGAGUCCACAAAGACUUGCAGUUAAGCCAAAAAGACAGGAAAGACACAGCUUUGUCCACCACUUGUGUGCCUGCUCUCAUAUCGACCCCACACUCUGCUGAUGCAGAUAUUGGCAAGGCUUCUCUCGACUUUGACCCAAUUUUGUUUCAGUGCAGUACAACUCCAACUGAAGCUUCUGUGUCUGAAGAAAGAAAAAUAGGCAGCAGAUGGAAGGCUGGAGGCAGUUCCAGUGAAUCAGAAACCUUUAAAAAAGCAAUUCCUAAAGGAACAUCUGAUGCAAUUUUAACAGUUUCAGAGGACGCAAAACUUAAGCACUUAGUGACGGCAAAAUUUGCAACAACUAUUACAGUUAAAGAAGAACUGAAGCCCGCACAGACUGUGGGUCUUACUCAAAAACCAGAAAUUGCUUUAGAGAUGAAAACUCUGUCUGUGCCUCCCACUGAAGUGAUACCAAGCUUGGUCAAGCCCAGUGAGUCAACAUGGAGACAAGAUUGUCAAAACAAGCCUUCCUCUUCACCCCAGACAGAGGCUGCAAGCCUUGACGAAACUCACAGUGAGGAAACAAGAGCUGUGAAACAAACAGAAUCAGGUGCUGUAACCUUUGAUUGCACUCCAGGACUAGUAAGAUCAGUGUCGCUCAUAACCUCCCAGCCAGCUGUAAAAAGUGCUGCCCGUAUGCUUGCUCUGGCUUUGGCCGAAUCUGCGCAACAAGCCACCUGUUUGAGGAAACGAGGGAGUUCAGAACCACCAACUCCUGUUUCCCCAAGUCACAUUCUGGACCCACUCUCCAUACUGCAGUGGCCUCAAAAACCUCCUUUACCAACUCAGACAUUAUCUACCACUAGAGGACAGUGCUGUGGGACCUGCAAAACAUUUGGAAAACCUUCAAGUGUUAUCUCUACGGGAAGUUACACCGAUGCCGGUAGCCUGCAGAGCACUUGUGCAUGUCAUGGCAGCGAAAGUGGACUUAGCUACUCUGAUGGAGGUGAUGUUUCUGCUGAAAGUCAUGAAACAAAUGUGCAGCCCCUGGACAUACCUACUGUUAAAAGUUUAGAUACUAAGCAGGAUGCUGAAAGCCAUAUACAAAUGAAAGAAAAUGUCCGCCAUGUUGGAGUUGGUACAGAUGGUGGAAGCCCAGAACAAACUUCCGAGAUGGAGUCAUACAGGUCCAUUGCCUCUCCCACACAGUCAGAGACAUCACACCAUACAACAAACAGUCAGUCGGCCAGAGCUUCUCUUCUCAACAAGCAAGCUGCAAAUGCUUCCAAUUUUCGUGUGAUAUUAGCUGAAGCGUCUAUGCCAGCUUCAGUGCAUGACGUUCUUCCACAAUCUCCAGAUUCUCCUCUGACUUCCACUUACCAGUCCAGCCUUAAAGAUGAAAUUUUAAGGCCAUCGGAGCAAACUUACUGGUCGGGACCAUUUGGACAGACCAGUUCUUUUCAUCCUGAUUACAUGCAGUACCAAGGUAAGGUCUUCUCCAAGGACCACUACAACACCCUGGCACCAAGGUCCCUCCACCAGUCCAUUAAAUACAAGAGUCAACAAAGGAAAGAACACUCUCCCAGCUUCCUUUACAGAUAUGAUGGCCCAAGAUACCCACCUAUGGAUGGUGCAUCUGUAUAUCCCACAAUUCGUAGGGUACGCUCCAUGCAUGCACCACCAGAGGACACGUUUUUCUUUCCACAUCCAUCUUACCAGAACAAUACUUACCACAGACAGGUUCUCUCUGAUAUCCGUCAAGUAAGGCCAUAUUUUGAGGAUGGUAAAGUUCAAUAUAGGUACAAGCCCUAUUUAGGAGCUCAGUAUAACAACCUGGAUCCGUCUAGAGUAAGCGGUCAUGGAUACAGCCACUCUUACACUCUCCUCAGGCGGCCUACCUACCCUGGUAGAGUGAUAAGCAACCCUGAAAACUAUCACAACCCUCUAUUAAACAUGCCCUAUAGCAGGGAAAGAAGUUUUGUAAAGCAAGGCACUGGUCAUUUUCCAAGAACUCGAAAUGUUGGUCCGUAUGAGGGUUUUGAUGCUGGAUUAUCAGAUCGACAUUUCAGUCCAUCUAUUAGGCAAGGAAAUAUAGAAAAGAAGAGACUGCAAGAUUUUGCCCCCCUGUCCCAUCUUCAAAAGGAGAGCCAGAGGGGCCAAAAAACAUUGCACACAAGGAAUAAAUCUGAUUCAGCCAAAGAUCUGCUUAUUUCUACUGAAGGGGCAGAUGGGAAAUACAGGGUUACCAUGGUGUCCCAUUACUCUCCUGAAAACGCACUUCCUGAACCUAAUGCCCCCCUUCCCAUCCAGACAGAAAAACAGAGAACUGGGCACAGUACCAAACCUGUCUUGAUGCUAAAGCAAAGUCGGUCUAUGCAUAACUACACACAGCACACGCUAGAGCCGCAACCGCGUAAGCUAACUCUACAUAAAGAAUACAGCUGCCCUGAUUUUAAAAACACAGAUUCGUCAGAGCACAGCAGUGCCCGACUUCACAGCCAGGAUAAGCUGAUUAGGAUGCACAGCAGCCAUCCUAAAGAAGACUUUCAAUAUGCUUGGAUUAAGGGUUGUGCUUUGGAACGAUCAGCGAGGUCACAGAGCAUGAAAAGUCAUCGACAACCCAGACAGGCCAAAAUGACUCUGGAGCAUGAUCAUAGAUUUUCACAUCCUAUUCAAAGCAGGCCGAGGACUCGUAGCAUGUUUGCACCAUCUCGUACCGAUUACAUGGAUGGUUAUGUGUCUUUGCAGCCCAAGGUACAAGGAAUUUUCCCAAAUUAUGGCUGCAUGCCCCCUCAUAGUAACCGGCUAUACUCUACAGCUAUGGGCACAGGACGCUUUCUUCACUCUGAGAUUAGGCCUGAGACAGAAAUAUAUGCUGAAUAAUAGCUACUUUAGAUGUGUAUGGAAAAAAUACAAUGUUAUUUUAUUGUUCAGAGUCUAUUACUGUAUAUUAAAGAAAGAAAAGCAUAAGGUAUUUUAAUAUGGUAUACAUUUACGUGUACAUUAUUCUAUAUUACUACACGUCAGAUAAUACAGUACUAUUAGUCAUAGAUCCUGGAGACAUCACAAUAACCAAAAGUCAACAAACAGUUUUACUAACUAUGAAGUAUAAAUUAUUUGUAAUAGAUAAAAUGUCAUUCUUCAGCUUGAAUUUCAUGACUAUAAAAUAAAUCUUCUGAAAUAAAUUUUAACAUUACACUUACAGUAAAUGCAUACAGUACUUGAUCUUACCAUACAAGGUAUUAAUUAACUGGUAUUUAGAUUCAUAUUUCUUCAUAGCACCAAAUGGCAUUUAAGGAACUGUUUCUCAGAUUCUUAAUUUGUAUUUUUGUAAUGUCUUUUUUGUGUCUUUUUUAUAUAGUAACUACUCUGGUGAAUGCUGUCUACACAUCUUCUGUCAUAAAAUAGCAUAACAGACACUGGCCCUGAUUUAUUAAGAUCUAAAAUAAUUGUGGUAAAUUGGUGUAUGCAAUGAAAUUCAUCGCAUGAAUAUUUAUUGUGUAUUGGAGGUUAUUUCCCUCCCAAAAAAGAAAUUGUGUAGAAGAACAUGUAAGGUCAUAUUGUAGUCAACCACUUCAAAGAUUUCUCAAAGAAUAAAUUGAAAAUUUACUCAUCAGCCAUUACACUCAUCAUCAUUACCGCUCAAUCCUGUAGCCUGAAGACUUAGGGCAUGAGGCGGGGUACAUCCUGGACAGGGCGCCAAUCCUUUGCAGGGCACACAGACUUUCACACACUUAAACACCCAUUUACACACUAUGAGCAAUUUGAGAACUGAUCAGCCAUUACAUUUCAAAGUAAAACAAUAUGCCGAGUAUUGUGUAUGUCUAGUCAUUUGUGUUGCCAGGGCAGCUCUGCUCAUUCAGGGUAUGGCUCCACAAGACCUCAGGGGGUGUGCUGUGGUUUCUGGCACCAAGACGUUGGCAGUAGAUUCCUUGGAUGCUGUGGGUUGCAGGGUGGGGCCUCAUUUCUACCCAUGCAUCCCAUGGGUGCUUAAUCAAAUUAGGAUCUUGGAGGCCAGGUAGGUAGCCUUGGGCGUUUUGCCUGCUGGGUCCUGUGAGUGAAAUGCCCUGGUGCACUGCCUGAUCUGGUGGCUUUCCAUCAUGGCCAGCAUUAAUUUGCCAGUUUGUAAUGUAUUGAUUUCUUUGUGGGAUCAGACCCAGACAGGAGCCUUUGCUCCCCUGUGGCAUUGUUGAGCCUUGGGUACCCAUCAUCUUGUUAUUACUUUACUGGUGUAUAGUUGGUGAUCAGUGAUGUUCACUUCCAUUGUCAGUGGUCAUAAUGUUAUGGCUGAUUGGUGCAUAAUGAAGACUAUUGAGAUGGAUUGAAAUGCAGUGUAAAAAAAAAAGCAAAAAACAAAAUACAAUAGAAAUGAAAGAACAAAAUUAGUGUUAAGAUGGUAAUAACGUUUUUUGUCUUUGGCAUCAAAAUGUGUGGUGGAUAUCUCAGCUCAAGAUUGACAUUAAUAAUAUUGUUAUUAAAAAAACUUUCGGAUCAUUUUCUUAAACGUAAUUGUAGUAAGCUUUGUUAUCAUUAAGAUGCUGUAGAACGGUACAAUUUUAGCUUCUGGAAAUCUAAUACCUACUUUUCAGGUAUAUUCAUUUGUGCAAAAAAUUGCUGUCUCUAUUGUGAAUUUCAGGUAAAUGUGCAAAAUAAUUGAAAUGCACGGACACUGCCAAGUAUAUUCCACCUCAAGGUAUGAACCCCCCCAACCCCCACAAAAAAAAAAAAAAAAAAACAUUGUUUAGUCAAACUCACAAAAUGGACAAGACAGACAGUUGUGUGAAAGACAGUCCACUCUAGAAUCUUCGUCACUUUCUUUGUUGUCAAGAUAUCCACAUUCUAGUUAAACUGGGUUUUAUUUGUUCUUUACAGUCUUAUUUACACUUAUUCAAGAAUGGAGGUCAAAGCAUCCAAAAAAACACAUACCCAAACUUGACCAAAACUUGACCCAUUUCUUAAGUCAUUCUUUUUUUUUCCCAUUAUAUUUCAGUGUUGCAACACAGUUGUCAAAUGGAAGCAUAAUUUGCUUUAACAAAAACAGGUUUGUUAUAAUCGAAGCAGCAGUCGCUGCCUCGGCUGGAAUGUACAGUAUAUAAGUCUUGUAGUGUUGAACAUAUUUUAUUUAAUACUGUUUGUAUAUGUAGUGAGUGAAUAGGCAAGCACUUUAUACUUAGACCCAGUCUGUGAAACAACCAGAGACUAUAAGAUAAAGAUAAUGAAUAACUUUGUUAUGCAAUGUAGAGUUAACGGAAUGUUAAGAAUGUUAAGUUGAGAAUGAAGGAUCCUGUAACCAAAAUUCAGGGUCAUGAAGUUAAAUCGACCAUUAAAUGGUCAAAAAUGGAAAUAUAAUGUAAAGUCAUAUAUUUAUUUUAAUCAACGCAGUCAUUGUUGUGUAGUUGUGCUAAGGGUUUUCAUGUUGUCUACUCAUUUUUAUGUUGUACUAUUGCGUCCAUUAAAGUUGUCUGUUUAAAAUGA